GCUGAUGAUGAUGACGCCUGGAAAGGGAAGGAAGAAAAAAGAGAGGAAGGGGAAGGUGUAUAUAACGAUUCCAUGAGCCCACCCCUAAUUCAGUACACAAAGCACUUUUUUUUUUUUUUUUAUUGUUUCUUUUAACUACCUCAAAGCACGAGAAUACCCAGUCCAGUCAGUCAUUGAUAGAUAGAAUCACUCAAAAACGCCUCAACGUCUCUACUUCCCCCUCCCUCCCUCCCUCCCUCCUCUUGGACGGACUUCAACACAACAACCGACAACCAACAACCACAAGAAAGAUCUUGGACAUACCUACACACCUCACCAAACCACCAAACCAAAACUUCACUCCGCUGAAUCUCUUUGAAUAAAAGAAAGGAAAAAAAGAAAAGAAAACACAAUGCGCUCCCACCUCCUUCCCCUCCUCCUCGCCGCAACAGCAGCACCCACAACCACCCUCGCCUCUGGCAACCUCCCAAACAUCAACAACAACAUGAACAUAAUAAACCCCCGCCAACCUCAAGACGUAUUUACGAUCCAAACCAACACCGACGCCAACAAUGGCUUGGUGCCCAUCACCACCACUACGACUACUGAAUCAACUUGGCACACGGUGCCUAGUACUACUGCUGCUGGUGCAGUGAAUACAGCUACGGUGACGGCCACGAAGACGAUGACGACGACGACAUCGACAAGUACUGCUGGGGCUGCGAGGGUUACGGGGGUGAUGGGAGGACUGGGAGGACUGGGAGCGGUGGGGGUUUUGGUUGUGGGAUUGGUGGGGGGUUUGUAAAUGAAUGUGGGGGAAAGAAAGGGAAGAA